AUGUAUUAUACAAAAACCCCUCCAUCCCCCUCUUGCACAAUUAGACAUAGAUCUUCUGAUAUAGAGCUAAAUGAAGAUGCACAAACCCUGCCCUAUUAUGGUGGUCUUAAGGGACAUUUUGUACACUUAAAAGAUGGCCAAGUACAGAAAAUUUCGGGUAAUAACAAUGAACAGAAAGCAGCUCCACGCCAAGGUCCUGUAGCGGCAGCUUCCAGUCAGAUAGCUUUAACUGUACAUGACAGUGAAUACAAUGAUCAUAAGUCAUCGUUUGAGGAAGAUUUUAAUAAAAUACAAUUAGCUGCUGCUCGCCUGGUGGCCAUACAAGAGUUGGCCAAACGUAAGGGUACCUUUAGUCCUGAAGAUAAUCGUGUUUAUGCUGCUAGUCUUUUGGAAUUGGGACAAGCUGCUCAAAAUUUAGCCAUGCUACAACAAACCGGACAAAUACAAGAUUUUAGUGUUCUAUUACAGCCCAUGCAUAGUACAGUAAUGCCUCAGAAGACACCUGUAAAAGAAGAUAAAAAUGCUGAAGAUGCUGUGGCCAUUGAGGCAGCUGUAGAGCCUCAAAAAGUAGAUGAAGUUACGGAGCAACAAUUAAGUGAAUCUGAUCUCUUGCCUCCCAAUCAUGAAGAUCCCUAUGAAGAUGUACACGAUAGUGUAGCCAUAACACCACCAAAAAAAGAUGCUUCUGUGGCGGAAGCUAAACCAGUGGGUAUCUCUAUUGCUGGCGAGGGUGGUGUAGCCUCUGCUAAACCCAAUGCUGUGGCUUUAUCGGGACGCAAUGGUUUGGCUGUAUCUGCCCCCAAAGCCACUGCCAUUGCUGGUGUAACUGCCGAUGAGGCCGCUGCCUUUAGCAUCUCUUUACCCACACGUAAUAAUUUAGUUAUCAAAUCUGUCUCUUCCCGUUUAUCAUCUCCUUCUUAUGAUGAAUAUGAUGAUAUCGAUACUUCUCCUCUUCGGGCCCAUACACGCAAUGUUCCUCUUCUUAGAUCUGCCGGCAUGGAGAAAAGUAAGGAUAGCAGCAAAGCUAAGCCCAUGAUGUCCACUUUAAAUGCCGCCGAUGCUAUUGUAAAAAUGUGGCGCACUGCUAUUGCCGAAGAUCAUGCUGCCGCUUAUGGUUCACCCGAGCGUAAUAAUGAUUUUGAUAUUGAACAAUUUGUUAAGAUCUCCAAGCAAAUGAACAACCAACGUCGUAGAAUUUAA